CUCAUUUAGGAAAAAAGAAGUAUACAUACACAUAGAGACACAUGUAGAUAUAUAUAUUUGUCUUGCAUUUGGUGAGCAGAUUACCUGCAUGAUCACACUCAAACACACACUAUGGCUUCUUUGCUUCAGUUGCUCCCUUUGCUGCAUUUUCCUUUCAUUAUCAUGUGUUGUUUGGCAUUGAAACCAAGUCCUCAGCCUUACAUUGUAUAUAUGGGGAGUUCUUCGAGUGGCGGUGGAGGGAACGACUCGUCUCAUCUGCAACUCUUGUCAUCUUUGAUAUCGAGUGAAGAGAGCGAGAGGAAGUUCUUGUUGAACUUCUACGAUCAUGCUUUCAAGGGCUUCUCUGCUAUGCUUACAGAGAAUGAAGCAUCUGUUUUAUCAGGUUACGAUGAGGUUUUAUCUGUCUUUCCUGAUCCGGUUCUAAAGCUCCACACGACACGUUCCUGGGAUUUUCUUGAAGCUGCAGAUUCCAAAUUUGGAUCAAGAUUCCCAUAUGAGCGGAGCUCGUCUGACGUUAUCAUUGGAAUCAUAGACACAGGUAUAUGGCCCGAGUCACCAAGUUUCGAUGAUCAACAUAUCAGCAAGAUCCCAUCAAAGUGGAAAGGAGUUUGUAUGGAAGGUUCAGAUUUCAAGAAGUCCAACUGCAAUAGGAAGUUGAUAGGUGCGAGAUUCUACUCCAACCGAGAUAUCUCAAAGAAAAGGAACGAGACGAGCCCAACCCAGAGUCAUGGCUCACCAAGGGACUUUGUUGGCCAUGGAACUCACACUGCAUCGACUGCCGGUGGAGUGGCUGUUGCCAAUGCCAGUUACUAUGGCCUUGCACGGGGUACAGCAAGGGGCGGCUUACCGUCUGCCAGGAUAGCAAGCUACAAGGCAUGUACCCUCGAUGGUUGUCCUGGUUCUAUUAUACUGAAAGCCAUCGACGAUGCUAUAAAGGAUGGAGUCGAUAUCAUCUCUAUUUCUAUAGGAGUGAGCUCGAUUUUUCAAUCUGAUUUUCUGAAUGACCCUAUUGCCAUUGGAGCUUUCCAUGCAGAACAAAUGGGAGUUCCGGUAGUUUGUUCGGGAGGUAACGACGGACCUGAUCCUUACACCAUCGUUAACUCUGCACCUUGGAUAUUCACCGUUGCUGCAUCGAGCAUCGAUCGGGACUUCCAGUCGACUAUAGUUCUUGGAAAUAAUGAAUCCUACAAGGGCAGUGCAAUCAGUUUCUCUCCUCUAACACUUGGGAAAAGAUAUCCUCUUGCAUUUGGAGAAGAAGUUGCUGCAAAUUUCACUCCAGCAUCUGAUGCGAGAAACUGCAUACCAGGCUCCUUAGAUCCGAAGAAAGUAGCUGGAAAGAUCAUAGUUUGCAUGAACGACGAACCAAAUGUCUCCAGGAGGAUAAAGAAGUUAGUUGUGGAAGAUGCUAAGGCAGAAGGAGUGAUCAUAAUAGAUGGGGAAAGAGAAACUUCACCAUUUGAUUCAGGCACCUAUCCCUUUGCCGAAGUGGGACAAACUGUAGGCUCCAAGAUCCUUCGUUACAUCAACUCCACCUGGAAUCCUGUUGCAACUAUACUUCCCUCGUCAGAAAUCAGAAACUUCAAACCAGCUCCAGUUGUCGCAUCUUUCUCUUCAAGAGGCCCUGGAGCUCUCACCGAAAACAUUCUCAAGCCAGACAUUAUGGCCCCAGGGGUGGCUAUCUUGGCAGCAGUCGUGCCAAAGAUUGAGUCAUUUUACGGGGCGCCUGGGAAUAAGUCUUCAUUGUUCAGCAUCAAGUCUGGAACUUCAAUGGCUUGCCCACAUGUUACUGGUGCUAUGGCAUUCAUCAAGUCAGUUCAUCCUCACUGGACCUUCUCCCUCAUCAAAUCAGCAUUGAUCACAACAGCAUCAGUCUCAAACAACAUGGGAAAAACUCUCACAAACACCUCAGAUUCUUCUGCUAAUCCUCACCAAGUUGGAGCUGGGGAAAUCAGGCCCAUCAAAGCUCUUGAUCCCGGCCUAGCAUUCGACACCACCAUCAACGAUCAUCUAAAUUUUCUUUGCUACUAUGGCUACAAGCAGGAAAGAUUAAGAUCAAUGUCCAACACAAACUUCACCUGCCCAAAACACUCAACCGAAGAACUCAUCUCCAACAUAAACUAUCCCACCAUCUCCAUAGGCAGACUAAGCCAACAUGACGGCCCAAGAAAGGUCAAACGAAUAGCAACCAAUGUGGGAUCAACAAACGCUACGUAUGUUAGUUCAGUGAAUGCACCUCCAGGUUUAGUAGUUAACGUUGUUCCAAAGAGACUUGUCUUUACACAAGGUAUAAGGCGAGCAUCGUUCAAAGUUUUCUUUGAUGGGAAGGAAGCAUCGAAGGGCUAUAACUUCGGAGAUAUAAGAUGGUUCGAUGGCUCACACCUCGUUCGCAUUGUGUUUGCAGUGAAUAUCGAAUAAUUUGAAAUGUUUCAUGGCUUUAAUUUGUCCUAUAAUUUGUUCAUUGUCCUGAAAAUGAUCUUAUGUUAUGUGUACACAUUAUUAUGAUCAUGCCAGAUUUUGCUGCAUAACAUUUUUUAUAAUGUAACAAUAGAAUUUAACUU